AUGGCCAGACUCUCCUCAGCGCGCUACGGCAAGGACAACGUCCGCGUCUACAAGGUGGACCGGGACGAGGCGAGCGGCACGCACACGGUGACGGAGAUGACAGUGUGCGUCUUAUUAGAAGGCGCCAUCGACGCCUCGUACACGGACGCCGACAAUGGGCCCGUCGUCGCCACCGACAGCAUGAAGAACACCAUCUACAUCAAGGCCAAGGAGCACCCGGUGAACCCGCCCGAGCUGUACGCCGCGAUACUGGGGCAGCACUUCCUGGACACGUACGCGCACGUCAGCGUCGCCAAUGUCGACGUGAAAGCCAAGCGCUGGACGCGCAUGGUCAUCGACGGCAAGCCGCACCCGCACAGCUUCUACCGCGACGGCGAGGACACGCGCAACGUGACGGCGCGCGUAUCCCGGGACGCCGGACGCGAGAUCGAGAUUAGUUCUGGUGUGGCGGGCCUGCUCGUGCUCAAGAGCACCGGGUCGCAGUUCCACGGCUUCGUGCGCGACGAAUUCACCACGCUGCCCGAGACCUGGGACCGCAUCCUGUCGACCGACGUCGACGCCACGUGGCGGUGGAAGCCGUUCCCGUCGCUGCAGGCCCUGCGGGACAGCGUCGACGUGUUCGACAAGGCGUGGGACGACGCGCGCGCCAUCACCAUGAAGACGUUCGCCGAGGAGGACAGCCCUAGCGUCCAGAACACCAUGUACAAGAUGUGCGAGAAGAUCCUCGACGCCGCGCCCGCGACUGAGAGCGUGAGCUACGCGCUGCCUAACAAGCACUACUUUGAGAUCGAUCUCUCCUGGCACAAGGGCACCAAGAACACCGGCAAGGACGCCGAGGUCUACGCGCCGCAGUCCGGACCCAACGGUCUCAUCAAGUGCGAGGUCUCGCGAUCUUAG